GACGCUCCAAGCUCCGCUUUUUUUCGUCGCGACCGCUCUUUGUCGCUACGCACUCUCUCAACACGGCCAUUAGCGUCUGAGUUCUACCGAGACACCUCGUACUCCUUCUCCACGCCUUGUCACCCAUAUACUCUUCGGCGCAAACUCGCAUACCAAGUCGGUACCUUGUGCGAUCUAAUUGUCUUCAGCUCGAUUUUUUCCGUCCCUUGACAGCACCGUUUUCUCGCUGUCGGUACCCAGUCGCAAGACAACGACACCCCGCAAGCACGACUGCACCCGUCGCGCCUACUUCCACCACUCCGGCCGUGAGAACAAGAAAACCUCCAGCAUGUCAACACAAGACAUUUCUGCGCACGAUUCGGAACCUCAACCCGUACCCAAAGAGGAGAUCCAACAAGAGCCGCAGGCGCACUUGGACGAGGGAAAGCUGAAGCAGUUCUUCAUUGGCUCUAUAGACCAGGGAACCACGAGUACUCGUUUCAUUAUAUUCGAUGGCCUCGGUGAGCCUGUAGCUCAGCACCAAAUCGAGUUUACUCAAAAAUAUCCCCAAUCAGGAUGGCACGAACACGACCCUUGGGAGAUUAUUGACUCUGUAGAACAAUGCAUCGACAGGGCUACAAACAUCUUCAUUGACAAUGGUCACAACAUUGAAGACAUCAAGGCUGUUGGCAUUACCAACCAGCGUGAGACGACAAUAGUCUGGGAUACCAACACUGGACUACCUCUUUGCAACGCAAUUGCUUGGCCAGAUACCAGGACCAAAGGAUUGGUGCGUGAGCUGAAGGAUCGCAAGGGCGCUGAUGAGUUGCUGAACAUGUGCGGUCUUCCCCUGUCGACCUACCCUUCGUCAGUCAAGCUUCGAUGGAUGCUCGACCAUGACGAAAACGUCCGCAAAGCAUACGACGAGAACAGACUCUCGUUUGGCACCAUGGACUCGUGGAUAUUGUACAACCUGAAUGGUGGAAAGGAGGGCGGAAUCCACGUAACAGACUCGACCAAUGCGUCAAGAACCAUGUUUGUCAAUCUACACACGGUUCAAUACGACGACAAGCUUUUGGACUUUUUCGGAAUCGACCGUAACAAAGUUAAACUGCCAAAGAUUGUACCGUCUUCUUCACCCGACGAAUUUGGGUUUAUAAGAAGUGGCAUAUUAGAAGGCGUCCGGAUUGCGGGUUGUUUAGGUGACCAAUCUUCGGCUUUGGUCGGUCAACAGGGCUUUACGCCUGGUUCUGCAAAGAACACAUACGGUACUGGAUGUUUCCUGCUGUACAAUGUGGGUGAAAAGCCCGUCAUUUCGUCGCAUGGUCUUCUAGCCACGAUUGCAUACGAUUUUGGUGGAAAGAGGAAGCCGGUGUACGCGCUCGAAGGAAGUAUUGCAGUCGCAGGCAGUGGUGUGAAGUUCCUCAUGAACAACAUGGGCUUCAUUACGCAUUCGCACAAGAUCAGUGACUUGGCUGCAUCGGUCGAGGACAAUGGUGGAUGCGUCUUUGUGACAGCCUUCAGUGGUCUUUUCGCUCCGUACUGGAUUGAUGACGCCAAGGGCACCAUAUUCGGAAUCACGCAAUUUACAGAACGUGGCCACAUUGCUCGCGCAACUCUGGAGGCGACAUGUUUCCAGACGAGGGCCAUUCUCGAUGCCAUGGAGCUCGACAGUGGGCACAAGCUCAACAUGCUUGCGGUCGACGGUGGCAUGAGUAAUUCCAACUUGUGCAUGCAGACACAGGCGAAUAUUAUUGGCAUCCCCGUGGACCGGCCAGCAAUGCGCGAAACGACUGCGCUGGGUGCAGCCAUUGCAGCUGGGUUUGCGGUUGGCGUAUGGAAGGAGUUUGACGAGCUGAAGGAGAUCAACCAGAAAGACCGAAUGAUUUUCAAGCCAAAUGUCGACAAGGAGGUCGGAGAGAAGAUGUUUAAGAAGUGGGGAAGGGCAGUCGAAAUGUGUCGCGGUUGGCUAGAUGCCGGCGAGGCCAAUGGAGAGUUCUCAUGA